AUGCCACCAGUUCAACAAGUUCAAUAUGGCCAACAACCUUCUAACUUUGAAAAAUUCAAAAUGGGUGCUAUGAUGGGUACAACAGUCGGUGUUGUCGUUGGUGUUUUGUUUGGUGGGUUUUCCAUCUUAACUAAUGGUGCUGGUCCAAACGGUGUUAUGAGAACAUUAGGGCAAUAUAUUGGUGGUUCAGCUGCUACUUUUGGACUAUUCAUGUCUGUUGGUUCAGUCAUUAGAUCAGAUUCC